GAUGUCACUUUGAUACGCCUUUCCAGGGAGCGCAGGGAGAGUUCCACAUACUUGAAGAUGUAGAAACAAAAGCUACAACAUACUUCGUAAUAGAGGUCCAUCAUUAGAAGGAUCACCUGCAAUUCGCUGUAAACCAAGUUCAAAUGACCACCAAACCUGCCGAACUGGUUCUCCUCUCGUUCUAUGUGUUAUUUCUCAUUAUCGCCUUGUCAUUUGCUUUCUUGGCUUGUUGGCGGAUCAAUACUUACUCCUUCCCAUCAUGUUUAGCUCGAAACUAUGCGGUCUCUUUUACUGAUUUACCAGAGACUGAGUACACAAAUUAUGGCAACCCGAGCACCAAUACAUAUCUAUCAUUCAUAGCAAGGAGCCGGAUCCGAUUCCAGAAGAAAACAGCUCAAGAACAGCUCGAGUCAGCCAUUGAACGAAGCAUGACAAUCAACGCCGAAACUUUCAGUGAUCGUACUCAAUCAACCCUUUCGAGUGAUCCGAUUUCUUCGGGAAAUUCGAUGAAAUCUCCUGAGAUUUCAAUUAUCUAUUCGACGUGGCCUGCUUCUGGUCCCCAAAAGACUACAAGUCAGUCUUAUAAGGAAGAAAACGGGCAUCGAUCAAACAGUUUUGCCAUGAGUCAUCUUUCAAACGGCACAGACUCAUCCUUUCACUCCGGCAAAUCGUUCGCGAGCACCGGGAUGGAUUUUUCGUCAUUGCGUCCGAGGGAUUGGUCGGAAGCGCACGUCAAGAAGACUUGACGAAGUGCUAUGUUACCAAACUUCGGAAAUGCAGGCUUGUUACUUGCAACCGAUUUCGCGAAUCCAUCUCGUGCCCCGGUCUGUUCUUCGAGUUUAUGCGGCUGCGUCCGGAGGGCACGUUGAAUUAACCGAUAGGCCCACGACUUCAACUACAUUCAUAAUAAAUAGAGGCUCAAUUUUAGUUCAUUUAACAUCCCUUCGUGUAGUCGUAAUAUCUGAUUUCUUAAUUGUUAAUGUAAUAGUGAUUUCCUAUUCUUAUUAAUAUUCCUCAUUGUUACUUUUCCUGUUUGCAUAUAUUGCUUUAUUCCACCCCAAACAACAUGUGAUGCAUUAGAUAAGAGUAAAUUCAAG